GUUUAGAGUUUUGGCUCCCGGGAAAGAUUUCAGUCCUCGGGGAAAGAGGGCUUAGUUUUGCAUGUUCCCAUCCAUCCUGCACGACGCGAAAGGCCCCUUAUCCACCUCUCCUGCGUACCGGGAACACCUCCACGGUGAUCAGCUUCUGCGUGUGUUUGUCUUUUGGUGAAGCAGCACCUUUCCAUUUCAGGAGUGGUUUAUUCAACAGUGUCCUGAAGGUUUUGGAUGUGGUGCUUCAGGGAUGUCGCUACUUUGAGAGCAUCAUCCACACACAACAACCAUCGAAUUUUUUUUGUCAAUAAGCAUAACAAAAAGAAGGAACAAUAGCCUAAAAAAAUCAUAGUCUGUUGAACAAGUCACUUUUCCGGUCUGUGGAUACCACACCAACUAAGUAGAGUACUUUGAGAAUUGUUCACAUCGCUGCAACCCAGGACGGACUGAAGAGGGAGGCGAGACCUGAGGACCGGGUUUUUUCACCUUGCAAGGCUGAUACCGCACUUACGACAUCCCGUAAACCCUCAAGGAUAACACUUUUGGACGUUUAUUUACCCAAUUUCACAGGAGGCUCAUUGCACGUAAAUUGUUCUAAAUGUUCGGGAUUCAGGAAACUAUAUCGCGGGGUGGGACAACGAUGAAGGAGGAACCGCUGGGUGGGCUGAAUUCAGUCCGCUCAUGGAUGCACACAGCUGGGGUGGUUGAUGCGAACACAGCCGCCCAAAGCGGUGUUGGCUUGGCGCGGGCACACUAUGAAAAGCAGCCGCCUUCCAACCUCAGAAAAUCCAAUUUUUUCCAUUUCGUCCUGGCACUGUACGACAGACAGGGUCAACCCGUUGAGAUUGAAAGAACAGCUUAUGUGGACUUUGUGGAGAAAGAUAAAGAACCAAACGGUGAAAAAACGAACAAUGGGAUCAUUUACAAAGUACAGUUGUUGUACAGCAAUGGCGUCAGAACAGAACAGGAUAUUUUCAUACGGUUAAUCGAUUCCAUGACGAAGCAGGCGAUUAUAUAUGAGGGUCAAGACAAAAACCCUGAAAUGUGCAGAUGUCUUCUUACACACGAAAUUAUGUGCAGCCGGUGUUGUGAUAAGAAGAGCUGUGGCAACAGGAACGAGACUCCGUCAGACCCUGUGAUCAUCGACAGGUGGGUUGACUCCAACCUUCUGGUCAACUCUACGGGAACUGUGGCUGAUUGCUCUGUGAGCAGGUGA